GGUAGCCAGGAAUGCAAAGAGGCACUUGUUUUCAAAGGUGUAUGACGUGCUGCUUGGUGUUCGAUUUCUUUGUUUGAAAGCCUCGGGCUUUUAUACUGCAUUCGACUAUCAAGAUACGACAUGGAGACCUUGUCCAACCGUUUCACGGUAUGGGACUACGUAGUGUUCUCCGGAAUGCUGUGCGUGUCUGCUGCCAUCGGCAUCUAUUACGCCUUCAGUGGCAGCAAGCAGUCUACCACGGCGGAGUUCCUGAUGGGUAACCGAAGUAUGGGCGUAGUCCCCGUGGCGCUGUCCAUUCUGGCCAGCUUCAUGUCUGCCAUCACUCUUCUCGGAACUGCUUCCGAAAUGUACAUCUACGGCACCCAGUACAUCGUCAUCCUGUUCGCUUACUGCCUUGUCAUUCCCGCGGCGGCGUAUCUCUACCUGCCGGUCUUCUACAACCUGCAACUGACCAGCAUGUACGAGUACCUGGAAAUUCGUUUCCACCACGUUGUACGCGUCAUUGGCACCUUAACCUUCUUGCUACAAAUGAUAGUCUACAUGGCCAUUGUGUUGUACGCGCCUUCCUUAGCACUGUCACAAGUCACCGGUAUCAGCGUGUGGACUUCGGUGUUGUCUAUUGGCAUCAUUUGCACCUUCUACACCAGUGUUGGGGGCAUAAAAGCUGUCAUCUGGACUGACGUUUUCCAAGUGCUUCUCAUGUUCGGCGCCAUGUUGACGGUGGCCGUGAAAGGAUCCUAUGAUCUGGGAGGUUUCAGUAAAGUCAUCGAAAAAGCCAGAGAAGGGCAGCGCUUGGAGUUUUUCAACUUCAAUGUGGACCCCACGGACCGCCAUACAGUGUGGGGCCUCAUCUUCGGCUGCUAUUUCACGUGGGAAUUCGUCUACGGAGCAAGUCAAGCCAUGGUUCAGCGAUACCUCACUCUGCCCACGCUGAGAAAAGCGAGGAUAGCCAUAUGGAUGAAUCUUCCCGGCUUGUCGUUCCUCAUGCUCAUCUGCUCCAUGGCUGGAUUGGUCAUCUACGCCAACUACAGCACAUGCGACCCGAAGCUUACGAAACACAUCACGGCUGAUGACCAGCUUCUUCCGCUGUAUGUCAUGGAAAUUCUCGGCACUUAUCCGGGACUGCCAGGACUGUUCGUUUCCGGAAUAUUCAGUGGCGCGCUCAGCACUGUAUCUUCUGGAGUGAAUUCUCUGGCAGCGGUUGUCCUGGAAGACAUCGUCAAAAGAUACAUCAAGUCCGACAUGAGCGAUAAGUUUGCAACAAACCUGACAAAAGGUUUAGCCAUGUCUUUCGGUCUCAUUGCAAUCGUACUGGUCUACGUGGCACAGAACCUCGGCGGUGUAUUACAGGCUGCCCUAGCAAUCUUUGGCAUGAUGGGCGGUCCUCUGCUGGGUGUCUUCACCUUGGGACUGUUCUUUCCGUGGGCCAACGCCAUAGGAGCAACAGUCGGCACUCUAGCAUCUCUGGCAGCCUGCUUCUGGAUAGGCAUCGGAGCCUUCGUGCUCAAGCCGGUGGUGCCUAGGGCACCGGUCUCUGUCGAAGGCUGCAUCAGCAUCUAUCUGAACGUUACCAAUUCCACCGUUUACACACCACCUGCGCCGCAAGACUUUUCAAGAAAUGACGACAUCUUUGUUCUGUACCGUCUGUCGUACGUCUGGUACAGCGCGAUAGGCUGCUUCCUCGUUAUCAUCAUCGGGAUGGUUACCAGUCUCUCGACAGGAUGCACAAAACCUUCGAACGUGGAUCCCAGGACGAUACAUCCGCUCUACAACUAUGUCUGCAAGAUUCUUCUUCCAAGCAGCCUUCACGACAAGUUCUUGGUCCCGACCGUGGAGGAAAGUGGCAAAGGCAGCUUAGUCCGUCUUCCACGACCGGAGUCAGACCUCGGCAAAGAAAACCCAGCUUUCUGCGAAGAGAAAUUUGGAUCCGGUCAACUAGAAGACAUCCAGGCUCCCGCAGCCGCGUGGAUUACAGAGAAGAGGCCGUCACUGAGCAGUCAAAACGGCGAACUACGGCUCGAAGUAGCAGCCCUCAGUCCUGAGCAAGAGUCUCCGGGGGCCUGGAGUGCACCUGGUCACGCGCUUAAGAACAACGCGGCGCUUUCUCAUAGGUCUACGAAAUGCUAGAUGGUCGUAGUUCAUACCACAUCAUUGUACAGGUCAUCGCUCAUCAAACACUUUAAGUACAACUAACGGUGUCGUGAUCUUUCCGACGGAAAGUUCCUGGUUCGCCAUCCUGCGUAUCUGCGUGGAAGCCUAGCUGUCAUUACCCAUGUCUUUCCCGUACGACGCACAGAGACACACCUGCGCAACGUCGUGUUGUAUGAAAAACGACGCAGUUGGAAAGCUAUUCGUCCAAGUAAAUCACUUCCGGAAGUGAGCUAGGCAAAAGACCUAAAAUGUAUGCGACCAUAGAAUACUUUAAGACAUUCGUUUAUUGCUGCUGUAAAACUGAACGAACGGGAGGGCAGGUUCCCAACAGCAAACACACACACAUAAAAUCAAAUAUAUUACUAAUAGGGCCUGCAAGCUAAGCUAGGCCGCGACGCAAAACACUGAGCUUCAGUUUCCGUAGCACCGGUCAGGUGACUCUGCAGCAUUGUCCUCGUAGAAUUCCAUGCUGUGUGAAAGUGCUGGUCGUGCCAGUAUUCACAAUAGCUGAUGAACGUCAAACGUUGUGAACAACUCGUUUCCUUGCUGGACAAGGGUGUCCUCAUGAGGGGCAGUCUCGAAGAACAUGGACCUACUCAGAGCGCUUAAAAUUCCAUACUCUGUCGCUGAUAAAGAUAAUGCAACAGUGCGAAUUGUCUAACCCCAAACGGGCCGAGAUUAUUAACUAAUGGAAUGAAAUCACAGCGUCUCACGAGCUGUGCUGGCUACAGCGACAUCCGCGAGCGGAUAGACGAUUUUAAAAAGAUGCUCGCGCCACCAAGCGCGCGGCGCAGGGCAGCAUGGGAACUUUGUGGGACACUGCUCUGUCGUCUGCUACGGUUAUGGUGUAUCUCGGCUGACGCCGCUCCUGCGCACACCGGGAAUGUUGUUGUUGUUGUUCUUCCUCCGCCUCUGGCCGUCUCAUAAGGCUUUAAGGCGCUCUAAGUUCCCAUGAACCCUUGCGUGCCACAGGUGGCGCUUGCUUUUCUAAAAAGGUCUAUUGUUGGAAGUGUCGAAUUAUCCUCAGUUGUCUAGAGGAGACGACCGUCAGAACAGAGGAAGCGGGCUAUAUAGUCCGGGCAGUUACGAUCCUUGGGCGUACUCACUCGAAAGGCAAAGGGACUAUGCAACGAGGAGGAAACCUUAAAGGUCGUGGGGUCAGCGUGUUCGUCGUACACUCAGGAUGACCUGUACGUGACAUUUUUCGUGAUUUUUUGCGAGUGAGGUGCACAACAUCAGUGAGGCACCAACAUGUGAGGUCCCAAACAUCAGUUCUUUGCGACCACGGUGAUUUACACUUGCUGAAUCCUUUUUCUUCUAUACCUUCUUAGCUCCGUCCCUGGAGUCACCAGGUAUAGUCCUAUUAGUUCCAACUCACGAGUGCUGCUAUGACGUCACUUAUCACUCUUAUCGUCCUUCGCCUGCGUGCGGAGGUGCUGAAAAGAUCUUGUGUAUGGAGACAGCUCCACAAGUGAUAAACGAGCUGCGAAUGAAAUAUGCGUAGAGGUUGGCUAUGCAGUAUUCGAGACAUUGAAAUAUCCAAGACAGAGCUGGGAUAUUUAAAUAAAAUUCAGUUGGAAUUGACGCGUUCACGAACGACAUACAUAGCAAUCGGCAGAACUGGAAGUUUUCUUACGUGUAUCAACGUGUUAAAAAUAAAACAAACUACCAGU